AUGAAUAACAUUAACAAUACCCUUGAUUUUAACUCUCCACCAACAAAAAUUAACGGCACCACUGGUACUACUGUUCCUUUACCAGCAGAUGACUAUCUAGAAUUUUUUAACCCAGAAUUGAAUACUUUUACUAAUGAUGAAAAGAUUAUGGCUGAACUGGAAGAUUUGGAAAUAUUAUCCAUUCCAUCACCUGGCGAUAUUAUGUCAUUCACCACCAAUCACAUUAACAACACACUUAAUCAUAGCAAUUUAAGUAGUGGUUUGGUAGACUUUCUAGGGCAACAGCAACAACAAGGACCAGGUAUUGGUGGCAUUUCUAACAAUAUUCAAGAAAUUAAUUCUUGUAGUUUAAAGAAUUUUGACGACAAUGGUUUGACAGCGGGCACUAAAGCCAAUGAAAAAGUACCUAAUGAUAAUACCACUAGUCAAGAGCAUAAAAGAGGUUUGAGCGGUACCGCUAUUUUUGGAUUCUAUAAUCAUGACAAAACGUUAAAUUUGUCAAAUAAAACACAACAGGAACUUGAAACGGUAAAUACUUCUAAAAUAUACAAGUACAAUAGUACUCAAGAAAAUAUGGUAGCUAACACUAGUGUUUCCGAUACAAAGCUAACUAAAAACCCAGAACUUUGUAGUUCUGAAUUUAUGAAACAACAGGAGGAUUUAAAAUUAGCUCUAGAACAACAAAAAAUCUUAAACAAAAAAUUAGAAGAGCAAUUAAGAGAAAACCAAAUUAAGCAAGAGUCUUUGCAAAAAGCAUUAAAAAAACAACAACAAAUAUACUCGCCACAAAGAAAGAUACCCGAAGAAAAGCUAUUAGAUAACUUGUCAGCUUCAGUACAAAAUUCGCCGAUUAAACAACAAUUAAGUUCCGAUGGAAACGUAUAUAUUACCUCUAAUUCACCUCAAGGUAAAUAUAAGUUUCCACCGUUAUCGCCCGUGUCUAAUCAACAAUAUAACACCAGUGAUGAUCAAGUUUUGGGUAUGGGUGACUAUACAGGUAUGGUCCAAAAUUCCCAUAAACCUACAGUAACUAAUUCUUUGACCAAUAAUCUUAAUAUGAAUGAAGGGGGAAAUGAUAUUUCCCCUAUAAAAUCAGAAAUUAGUUAUAAUUAUGAUACCAAGGAGGAUGAACAUGCUGCUAGAACUUUAAAAAAUAAAGGCACUUCGAUUACUGGCUCUCCUAUGAAAAGUUAUGGCAGAGUUCAGCAUUACUAUCAACGACAGCAAGAAGAGGAGCGUAGAGAAAUAAGUAAUAAAAGAAAAAAUAGAAAAUGCGCUUCAUCAUGUGCUUCCACUAUAACUGCUGCCUCAAGUUCUGCUAUUAACAAUUCAAAUAACAAUAAUCAUAAUACCGACAGUAGUAGUAAUAAUGAUGGUAGAAUUGCUAACAGGAAUACCAAUUGUAAUAACCCACAACAGACAAAAUCAUAUCAAAAUAGAAAUAUUUUACAAAGUCCAUUGCCUAUAUUCAAUGUAUCUAUUGAAAACAUAACGAAAAAUAACGAUUCGCCAGAUUUGGGCUCAGUUUCAAGAUUUGCUAAAAGAAAUGUUAAUGAUGAACCUGGUAAGUCAGUCACCACUAUCAGUUGUAUAUCAUCUAUAUCACCAAAACCUGUAAUGGUACCACACGAUUCUAAACAGCAGUGCCAACACCAGCAACAGGAUUUUAGGCCACAUUCUGCUGCUAAUGCUGUUAAUAACGUUGUUGGGUUGGGAUUACGUUAUAUGCAACCGAGGGAACAAUUAACUAAAAUAGCAUCUACUCCUGACACUAAUGUAUAUAAGAAUAUUGGUGAUGUGCCUAGUAGUGGCAACAGCAAUGGUCUUGAACUAAUAAAUAGGCUGGUAUUGCAACCGCCUUCUGACAUGACACCGAAUACACAGCGUAGUAGUAGCUUAUCCACUCUAAGUUCAACCACCACAACAAUUACUACUGCUUCUAAUAAUAACGAAACUAAUGAUAAAAAUAAUAAGGCAAAGCAAUACCAUUUAACGGCAGGACCAGAAAGUAGGUUUAAUCAAGCCAAAACACCAUCGCCGAUAUUAAAAUCACAAGAGAAAUUUGAGGGUAAACAGGCCUCUUUAUUGGUGAUGUUAUCACCACCAAAGGGAACACAUUACGACCUCAAUUCAGCAUUAUCGCCACAACUAUCACCAUCCAAUAGCAAUUCGAGUAGUCCUAGAAGGUGUCGUAAGCAAACUACACUGCCACCUGGUACCAUAGAUCAGUAUGUCUAUGAACUACCAGAUAAGACAUUUUUAUGUUUAUAUAACAACUGUGGUAAGCAUUUUGCACGUAGAUACAACAUAAGGUCGCACAUCCAGACCCACUUAUCUGAUAGGCCACACAAGUGUGAUUUCCCUGGUUGUACUAAGGCAUUUGUCAGGAAUCAUGAUCUGGCUAGACAUAAAAAAUCACAUAAUGACAAGAUACAUGUCUGCCCCUGUGGCAAGUCAUUCAAUAGAGAGGAUGCGCUAUUGGUUCAUAAAGCCAGGAAGAUAUGUUCUGCGACCGCUGUUGAUAACAGUGAAGGUAAUCAUAAGCCGAAUGGUAGUGGUGGGAUUAGCGACGUAAAUAAAAUGGUUACCAAGAGUCCUAGAAAAAGAGGCAGACCUAGGAAGAGGAUGACUAAUGGGAAUGGUAUUUAUUCAACAACAGGUUCUAUUAAUGGUAAUAUUAGUAUUGGUGCAAGUAAUAGCGGUGGGAAUAGUGGCAAUAGUCCUGUUAAAGAAAAUAUUGAGCGUGAUAACCAUAGAAUUACAAUGAAAAUAGAAAAGGAUUUUUUAAAUAAACAAAAAUGUGCAGAAAACAAUGGUGAGGGAGUUGGGAAUAACAAUAAAGAUGUAGUGUUUAAUUAUUUAAGCGAAUUGAAACCGCCAGUAUUUAAUUGA